AUGUUUUUCUCCGCCCUGCUGAUUCUUGCCAGUUGGGGUUUGUUCGGUUCUGUUGCGGGGUCUCCCGGUGUGGAGCAAGCGUACCGGGCGGUGGUCAGGGCAGUGUCUCCUGGACAGCAGCAUCUAACCGAGGCUCUCAGCUCUGUCUUUAAUACACUGGAGAACCGUGUGCAGUGCGAUGAAGUGUCGUGUGAAACGUGUGAUCUAACAGAGGCCGUUCACCAACUGAUCAGCAAUCCCUCCAGUCAUGCAGAGGAUGAAACUGAAGAAGGCAGAAAAAAUGUAAACAUCAGUGUGUCUCAGUUCACUGCUCUCGCUGCCGGAUGCGUCCUGUACAUCUCAUCUCCAGGCCUGGUCUGCACCGCAGUGAGGCAGGGGACAUGGAGAGAGGAGGCCGAACAUUUCCUACAUCAAAUCACACAUCAGGGGCUGCACCAGGACCAUGAACAUGACCACGAGUACAUAGAAGUUCAUGAGUUAAAGGUGCUGCUUCAUGAGUUUCAAGAUCACUAGCCCUCAGACAGAGAGAGCUGCGUAUCAGCCAAUGACAUCAUGGAGGAGGUCAGCACAUCAUCGCUAAACCAGAGACAGGAAGUGGGUGCAGUUUUGGGCCGCGUCCUGUAUCACGCCUUGCAAGGUCACUGUUUCAUUCACCGGCCCCUGCCUGAGGAGAGCUUUUUCCUGGACAACAUCAUGGACCAUCUGGGGUCGGAGAACUUCACUGUCGGGGAUUUGGAGGCUCUCAUGAGGCAUCUGAACCUUGGACCUGACCACAAACAUGGACACGAGCACCAUGAAGAUGAACACCAUGAAGACGAACAUGCUGAUCACGAUCACAAUGGUUUAAGACAGAGAAAGAGAAAUAGCCAUGAACAUCAUGAGGGGCAUGAAGGAAACACCACCUGGGAUCAGUUGUGUUUCUCGGCUGAAGAAUUGGUCCUCAUCUAUGGUCUUGCAGACAACAGCUCUGCCUCGUCAGGCCUGGGUCAGACCGCCCUGGCUCGGCUCAGCCCUGCGCUCAUCCAGCAGGUCCUGAGCGGAGCGUGUGCAGACACCACAGAACCACGGACACCAGAUGGACUCACUAUGACUGAGAGAUACAUCUACGCAACCAUUGCCAAUGUUUUGAUAACACUGACAUCCCUGUUUGGCAUUGUGGUGCUGCUGUGUACCUCCUGCACCAGUGUGUUCCAGUUGAGCAUCCAAUUUUGCAUCAGUCUGGCUGUAGGUUCACUGACUGGAGAUGCCUUACUGCACCUGAUACCCACUUUUCUAGGUUUGCAUGUGCACUCAGACGACACCCACAGCCACAAGCACUCACAUGAGCAUCGGCAUGAAGAAACCCCAGACUACAUUUACAAGAUUUUGGUCAUGGUUGGGGGGAUCUACUACUUUUAUCUGAUGGAAACAAUCUUCUCUCUGAUUGCAUAUAAGGAUAAUCAUCACCAUCAUCAACAUCAUCAUGGGGAAGAAUCAGAGCUUCACCACUGUGACCACGGGAGGGUUUUAGAGAUGUAUCAACAGGAGAGAGAAAAAAAAGAGAGGUCGCAGUCAGUAUUUGGAGCAGACCUGGUUGGCUAUGAAGACAAUGAGAAAUCUCUUUCAGAGCCGAAAGAGCGCACCAGAGAACAGCGUCUGCUGCCUUAUAUGAUAACUAUCGGUGACGGGAUUCACAACUUUGCAGAUGGAUUAGCAAUUGGCGCAGCUUUCUCCCUGUCUUGGAAAUCUGGUCUGGCCACAUCGCUAGCUGUGCUCUGCCAUGAACUACCACAUGAACUGGGUGAUUUUGCCGUUUUGCUCUACAGCGGUGUGUCUGUCCGCAAGGCGCUGCUCUUAAACGUUGGCAGUGCCAUGACCUCGUUCAUCGGCCUGUACAUCGCUCUAUCUGUAGCCACUGACCUCGCCACUAAACAGUGGAUAGCUGCUGUUACUGCAGGACUCUUCCUGUAUGUGGGGCUGGCAGAUAUGCUCCCCACUAUGGUCCACAUCAGCAACAAGAGACCCUGGCUGAUGUUUCUGCUGCAAAACGCCGGCCUUCUAAGUGGGUGGGGUAUUCUGUUGUUGCUGUCACUUUAUGAAGAGAGAAUCAGCUUUUAA